UGACGUAUUGUUUUUCCCCGUCCUCCUCCGGUUAAAAAGGAGCUAAAGUGCGAUUUUCCCCACCUCUCCUUCCCUGUGGUCUAGGGUUUCUCAGAUCAGGAUAUUAGGGUUUCUUAGAUCAGGACAUUAGGGUUUCUUGCCAUCCCGAAGAAGGAGAAGAAGGAGAAGAAGAGGAGUUCGAGGGGAGAUGUGGGCGGCGUCGUGCCUCGCUUCGUGCUGCGCGGCCUGCGCCUGCGAGGCGUGCCGGUCGGUUGUCGGCGGGAUCAGCCGCCGCUCCGCCCGCAUCGCCUAUUGCGGCCUCUUUGCUCUCUCCCUCAUCGUCUCCUGGAUCCUCCGCGAGGUUGCUGCCCCCCUCAUGGAGAAACUCCCCUGGAUCAAUCACUUCCAUCGGACGCCGGAUAGGGAGUGGUUCGAGACGGAUGCCGUGCUUCGUGUCAGCCUCGGGAAUUUCCUCUUCUUUACGAUCCUGGCCCUUCUGAUGGCGGGGAUUAAGGAUCAGAAGGAUCCACGCGAUCGGCUGCACCAUGGUGGAUGGAUGGCGAAGAUCGUGUGCUGGUGCGUGCUGGUGAUUCUCAUGUUCUUCGUUCCCAAUGGCCUCGUCAGCUUCUAUGAGACAAUAUCAAAAUUUGGGUCGGGAUUGUUUCUUCUGGUUCAGGUUGUUCUCUUGUUGGACUUUGUACAUGGAUGGAAUGACAGUUGGGUCUCAAACGAUGAGCAGUUCUGGUACAUGGCAUUGUUCAUUGUCUCUCUUGUUUGCUAUGUGGCCGCAUUCUCAUUUACAGGACUGUUGUUUCACUGGUUCACUCCAUCGGGACAUGAUUGUGGCCUCAAUACCUUUUUUAUUGUUUUGACAUUGAUUCUUGUCUUUGUUUUUGCAGUUGUUGCAUUGCAUCCAAAGGUAAAUGGCAGCUUAUUGCCAGCAUCAGUUAUCUCGCUCUACUGCACUUACCUCUGCUACAGUGGGCUCUCUAGUGAACCAAGGGAUUACGAGUGUAAUGGUCUCCAUGGUCACUCAAAAGCUGUCUCAACUGGAAGUCUUACUCUGGGAUUGCUGACUACUGUCCUCUCUGUUGUCUAUUCUGCUGUUCGCGCUGGUUCUUCAACAACUCUGCUCUCACCCCCGAGUUCACCACGUGCCAGUUCUGAGAGGCCUUUGCUUCCCUUUGACAAGGUAGAGCAGCAGGAAGACAGGAAGAAGGAUGAGGCUAAGCCUGUCUCCUAUUCAUAUUCCUUCUUCCACCUCAUUUUUUCCCUUGCCAGCAUGUACUCGGCUAUGCUUCUUACUGGCUGGUCCACGUCCGUUGGUGAAAGUGGUAAGCUUGUUGAUGUCGGGUGGCCCUCUGUGUGGGUCAGGAUUGUGACUGGGUGGGCCACAGCAGCUCUCUACAUCUGGUCUCUAAUUGCUCCCAUUCUCUUCCCAGAUAGGGAGUUCUGACUCCCAAGUAUGUAAAAGGAUGCAAUAAUUAUUUGGGACGCAAGUCCAGUAUCAUUGAGUCUGUACAUGUCUCUGUACACAGCUCUCGAUGCUGCAUUUGUGGAGGAAUCUGUAUUAUAGAUGCAGGCUAAACUUAUGUGUGAUUCAAGAAUGAUAGAGAUGUUGCUAUAAUGUUUGGAAUUGUAACCAUGGUGCUUCAUAAUUGAACAGUAAGAUGGUCAUCCUUUCUUGUGCA